CUGAGCGUAAAACAGGAAAGAAAAGUGAAGCAGAGAAGCAGACGAUACAGCUAGGGUUUCUUCUGGGUUUCUCUCUCUCUCUCACGACGAUGUCGAAGUGAUGAAAAGUGGGUUUGGUUUUGCUAAACCGCUAAUGGAGGUUCUUCAGUUAAUUACUUUCUUGUUACUGGUUUUCUUUCCUCUCGGAAAAUCAGAUCUUGCAGCGGAACGGACGGCGCUCAUCGCCCUCCGGUUGGCUGUCGGUGGAAGGUCGCUCUUGUGGAACACGACCGACCAAAGUCCUUGUCGGUGGCAAGGCAUUACUUGCGAGAACAACCGAGUCACCGUCUUGCGUCUUCCUGGCAACGGACUCAUCGGCCAAAUCCCCGUAGGAAUCUUCGGAAAUCUGACGCAGCUUCACACGCUUAGCCUUCGGCUUAAUGCUCUCACCGGUCCAUUGCCGUCCGAUCUAGCCGCAAGUACGGACCUCCGCAAUUUAUAUUUGCAGGGGAACUUUUUCUCCGGCGAGAUUCCGUCGUCCUUGUUCGGACUCAAGAAACUUGUCCGCUUGAACCUUGCUUUGAAUAACUUCUCCGGUGGGAUUUCUCCGUCCUUCAACAAUCUCACCAGGUUGGCGACUCUGUAUCUGCAGAGCAAUAAGUUAACUGGUCCGAUACCGGAGCUGAGCCUAACGAAUCUCGGUCAGUUCAACGUCUCGUUCAAUCAGUUGAAUGGCCCGAUUCCAUCGAGUCUGCAGAAGUUUAAGGCCGACUCAUUCCUUAGCACUUCGCUCUGCGGCUCGCCGCUUUCUCCUUGUCCUAACGAAGCGGUGCCGCCGGCAAGCGGAGGUAGCAGCUCCAACAACAGUAACAGUGGUGGGAAGAAGAAGUUGUCUGGAGGAGCUAUUGCAGGAAUCGCAAUCGGGUCGGUGGUGGCUUUCCUCUUGAUUCUUCUGAUUUUGUUUCUUCUCUGCGGAAAGAAGAGUAGCAGAAAAACGAACGAUAUUGCAACGAUGAAGCAGCUACCUUCGGAAGUUGAAAUUCCGCGGGAGAAACAUAUCAGAGGGGGAGAAAAUGGUAACUCGAAUAGCUCAGAAUAUUCUGGGGCAGCAACAGCAGCUGUGUCUGCAGUUACAACAUCGAAAACGGCAGCAGAUAGUAAGAACAAGAAGCUCAUCUUCUUUGGAAAUGCCGCUAGGGUUUUCGAUCUGGAGGAUCUGUUGAGGGCUUCAGCUGAGGUUUUGGGGAAGGGAACGUUUGGAACGGCGUACAAGGCAAUUUUGGAAGUUGGAACCACCGUGGCUGUUAAGAGAUUGAAGGAUGUGACGAUUUCGGAAAGGGAAUUCAGGGAGAAGAUCGAAGCCGUCGGAUCGAUGAAUCACGAAAACCUAGUCCCCCUUAGAGCUUACUAUUACAGCAGGGAUGAGAAGCUCCUUGUUUAUGAUUUCAUGCCCAAUGGAAGCUUAUCUGCGCUUUUGCAUGGAAACAGAGGAGCAGGUAGGACUCCAUUGAACUGGGAGACCCGCUCUGGCAUUGCCCUUGGAGCUGCUCGUGGUAUUGAAUAUCUCCAUUCACAGGGAUCCACCGUCUCUCAUGGAAACAUCAAGUCAUCCAACAUCCUCCUCACCAAGUCAUAUGAUGCCCGGGUCUCUGAUUUUGGUCUUGCCCAGCUUGUUGGGCCCACUGCAACUCCUAAUCGCGUUGCAGGUUACCGUGCACCAGAGGUGAUAGAUGCCCGUAAGGUCUCGCAGAAGGCUGAUGUCUACAGCUUUGGAGUGCUGCUCUUGGAGCUCUUGACUGGCAAGCCCCCCACCCACGCCAUCUUGAAUGAAGAAGGAGUUGACUUGCCCAGGUGGGUGCAGUCAGUUGUCCGAGAUGAAUGGACAUCAGAGGUGUUCGACCUUGAGCUCCUGAGAUACCAGACGGUGGAAGAAGAGAUGGUUCAGCUCCUACAGCUUGCAAUCGACUGUUGUGCACAAUACCCCGACAAGCGCCCCUCAAUGGCAGAGGUGACCAGGCGGAUUGAAGAUCUUCGACAAUCCAGUCUAGGCCAAUUUCAAGAUUCCCAGGCUGAUGUAGUUGAUGAGGACGGAUCAUCGAGACGAACCAACUCAAUUGACUCGGGUCCAGCACCAUCUUCACUUAUGAUGGAUUGAAGAUGAAUUAUAAUCAUUCAUUUAUGCCCAUUUUUAGUAUGUAAUUUAGUGUUCUUUGGUUGUCUGUUUUAUCAGGUUAUAUAUGGGCUUCAUCUUCUUUCGUUAAGAAUUAAUCAACUGUUCAUUUUUCCCUUUUUCUCCAUUGUAGCUAGGCUUUUUUUUCAUUAAUUUUUACUUUUUAAUCUUAUAUGCCUAUAUGGUCAAGCCUUUAAAUGUUGUUUUCAGUUUUUCCUUUCUUUUUUUUUUGAAGUGUACUGGUUCUUGUUGCUUGGGAGGGGGAAGUUGGACGGUGGUGGCUGUAAUUACUUUUGCUUUUCAAAUCAACUUUUUUAUUUGUUGAUAUUUACA